GAAACGCGCGAGGAGCUGCGGCGCCGCCUGCUCGGCCUCAUCGAGGACAGCCGUGUGAUGAUUUUCAGCAAGAGCUACUGUCCCCACAGCACGCGGGUGAAAGAGCUCUUUUCUUCUUUGGGAGUCAACUAUAAUAUCUUGGAACUUGAUCAGAUCGAUGAUGGGGCCGGCAUUCAGGAGAUGCUAAUAGAGAUCACUAACCAGAAAACCGUGCCCAAUAUUUUUGUAAAUAAAGUACACGUGGGUGGAUGUGACCAAGCUUUCCAGGCGCAUCAGAGUGGCUUGUUGCAGAAGCUCCUCCAGGAGUACUUGGCCUACGACUAUGACCUCAUUGUCAUCGGGGGCGGUUCUGGCGGCCUCUCCUGUGCAAAGGAAGCUGCCAACUUGGGGAAGAAAGUCAUGGUGCUAGACUUCGUGGUCCCAUCACCGCGGGGCACAACCUGGGGCCUGGGCGGUACCUGUGUGAACGUGGGCUGCAUCCCUAAGAAGCUGAUGCAUCAGGCUGCCCUCCUAGGGCAGGCCUUGCAUGACUCUAGGAAGUUCGGCUGGGAGUACAGUCAGCUAGUGAAGCACAACUGGGAGACCAUGACAGAAGCAAUUCAGAACCACAUCGGCUCUCUGAAUUGGGGCUACAGGCUGUCCUUGAGAGAGAAAGGGGUGACCUACAUCAAUUCCUAUGGAGAAUUCGUGGGGCAGCAUAAAAUAAAGGCAACCAAUAGAAAAGGACAGGAAACUUUUUACACUGCUGCAAAAUUUGUCAUAGCGACAGGGGAAAGGCCACGGUAUUUAGGAAUCCCAGGAGAUAAAGAAUACUGUGUUACCAGCGAUGAUCUUUUUUCUCUGCCGUACUGCCCUGGGAAAACAUUAGUAGUGGGCGCGUCUUAUGUGGCCCUGGAAUGCUCAGGGUUUCUCACGGGCUUUGGCUUAGAUAUCACGGUAAUGGUGCGCUCUGUCCUUCUUCGUGGCUUUGAUCAAGAGAUGGCCGAGAAAGUGGGUUCCUACAUGGAACAGCAUGGUGUCAAGUUCUUAAGAAAAUUUAUACCUGUGAUGAUUCAACAGUUGGAGAAAGGUUCUCCUGGGAAGCUGAAGGUAUCCGCUAAAUCCACGGAGGGAGCAGAAACGAUUGAAGAUGUGUAUAACACAGUUUUGUUAGCAGUUGGUCGUGACUCCUGUACGAGGAACAUAGGCUUGGAGAAGAUUGGUGUCAGCAUCAGUGAGAGGAAUGGCAAAAUACCAGUCAAUGAUGUGGAGCAGACCAAUGUCCCCCAUGUCUAUGCUAUUGGGGACAUUUUGGAGGGCAAGCCAGAGCUCACUCCAGUCGCCAUACAGGCAGGCAAGCUACUAGCUCGCCGACUCUUUGGGGCCUCUUUAGAGAAGUGUGAUUAUAUUAAUGUUCCAACCAUAGUUUUUACCCCUCUGGAAUAUGGUUGCUGUGGAUUAUCUGAAGAGAAAGCUAUUGAAGUCUAUAAAAAAGAGAAUCUGGAAGUGUAUCACACCUUGUUCUGGCCACUUGAAUGGAUGGUGGCUGGCAGAGACAACAACACUUGCUGCGCAAAGAUCAUCUGCAACAAGCUCGACAGCGAUCGUGUGUUAGGGUUUCAUGUUCUUGGACCAAAUGCUGGCGAGAUCACCCAAGGGUUUGCAGCAGCAAUGAAAUGUGGGCUCACAAAACAGCUGCUCGAUGACACUGUUGGAAUCCACCCUACGUGUGGAGAGGUGUUCACAACCCUGGAAAUUACCAAGUCAUCGGGACUGGACAUCACCCAGAAGGGCUGCUGAGGCUAGCAUGCUGCUGCCAUGUUUCCUUGGACGCUUUUCAUUUCUUCCAGAGAAACAGGCAGAGAUGAGAAGGUGACAAGGACACAGCAGCAGCAGGCCGCUGUAGGAACUCUGGCUGACAUGGCAGCAGGUAGACUGCGUUCUUGACGCCCGGGCUCGGAACCCUAGUGGGGAGCCCGGGCUGACUCCAGUGCAUCAGACCUGAGCAUCCCGUCGAGACCUCAGAUGGCACCAAUGCCCAAAUGACCCUUCCUGGUUGGUGUUUUUAUUCCCUCACUUUGUUUCUGUGAAGAUAUUUUUUUCUAUGAACCUGGCUAAAAAGGCAAUUUCCAGCACGGGCCUGGUACACACGCUUAGGGCAGAGGUGUCGGGCUGGGUGCUUGUGUGUCUGGAGCAUUCGUGCAGAGUCCACUAGCAGGAGAAUGUGCACGCAGCACGGGUUUCAGCCAACUGCUCUGUCCUUUAAGGCACAUAUUAAUCUGGUGCCAAAAUCUUGGAUAAGGCAUCGGCAUUCCAUGGUGGAUAACCUUGGGGACACUCACACAACUCCAGGCUGACGGAACAUCAAACAGAAGAAAAAUACUUGAAUCCCUUUUUCAUGUUGAUCUUAAAAAUAAUAUUAAAAUGUUUUCAGUAUUGUUUUAUGUGAAAUACAAUUUCAAACUGUUGGAAAUGAUUCAGUUGCAGUCUAUAUAGUGAUAAUUGAGAACAUAAAUAAACAGUGG